GGAAGAGGAGGCUGCCUGCAACACGUGGUCCGGUCCGGCUUCUGUACCUUGAGGGCGGUGAGACUCCCUUGUAAUUACUGUAUUUUAAGUGUGUUUUCCUCACUGUACUCACGGCUAAGUCUCCACAGCGUCACCAGGUAAACUGAAGCCAUGGCUUUCCGAGGACAGUGGCGAGGCAGAGGUGGAGGCCGUGGAGGUGGAGGCCAAGGAGGUGGAGGCCGAGGAGGUGGAGGCCGAGGAGGUGGAGGCCGAGGAGGUGGAGGCCGAGGAGGUGGAGGCCGAGGAGGAAGAAGGCGAGGACGUUUCCACCGUGGCAGACGCGUCGAGGGACCCCCAGACGAGGUCUGGGAGUAUGGGGAGGUCAUGCACUCGUGUCAGAACGACUUGGUUUGCAAAGUGACCCAUGUGGAUGUUCCGCACUUCAACGCACCAAUCUACAUGGAGAACAAGAUACAGAUUGGCCAAGUGGAUGAGAUCUUUGGCAGCCCGACGCAGAAGUUUGUGUCCGUUAAACUGACUAAGGGACUUGCAGCUUCCUUAUUUGAAAAACACUUUAAGAUCUACAUCAACCCUGCCAAGCUGCUGCCCUUGCACCUGUUCCUGCCAAAGGAUGGCCUGGGGCGGGGUAGGGGGCGGGGUAGGGGGCGGGGCGGGGCAGGACCAGCAAAACAGGGUGAACCAGGACAGGAUGAACCAGCAGAACAGGGUGAACCAGCAGAACAGGGUGAACCAGGAGAACAGGGUGAACCAGCAGAACAGGGUGAACCAGCAGAACAGGGUGAACCAGCAGAACAGGGUGAACUAGCAGAACAGGGUGAACCAGCAGAACAGGGUGAACCAGCAGAACAGGGUGAACUAGCAGAACAGGGUGAACUAGCAGAACAGGGUGAACUAGCAGAACAGGGUGAACCAGCAGAACAGGGUGAACCAGGAGAACAGGGUGAACUAGCAGAACAGGGUGAACCAGCAGAACAGGGUGAACCAGCAGAACAGGGUGAACCAGCAGAACAGGGUGAACCAGCAGAACAGGGUGAGCCAGGAGGACAGGGUGAACCAGGAGGAUGGUGAACCAGGAGGACAGGGUGGAGCAAAAGGACAAGGCAGAAAAAGGAGGAAAAAAGCUUGGAAGUCUAGGAAGAAAAAUUUACUCAAUUGAAUAAGGAAGAAGAGUAAGAGGAGGAGGAGGAAGAUUCAUUGUGGGAGAUGUUUAUUACUUAAUUGAACAAGGAGGAGGAGGAGGAAUAAUUUAUUACUUCAUUGAAUAAGGAAGAAGAGUAGGAGGAGGAGGCGCAGAAGGACAAGGAGGAAGAGGAGGAGGAGGAGGGAGACGGCAAAGAAGACUAGGAAAAAGAAGUAGAGAUGCUGAGGGGGGGUAAGAGGUGUGUGUGUGUGUGUGUGUGUUAAAAAGAAUUAAGGAAACAUUUAUUCUCAUUUAAGUUUGUGUGUGUGUCAAAAAGAAUUAUAAGGAAAAAUUUAUUUUCAUAUAUACACAAAGUUCAUGUAAGUAUUUUUUU